AUGCCAUUGAGACGUCUCAUUACUCAAAAGUUCGGCGCGCUAGCUGCUUCCGCUCCUCCUCCUAGCACCGGCACUCUGCUCGACGAGCGAUACGACGAGAUUGCAUCCGCAUUAGUGGCGCCGCUACUAGCGGGGCAGCCAAUCACGCUGCUCGUGCCGACCGACGGGUGUUUCCACCCUUCCGCGCAAGCCAAACUCGCUGCUACAGCUGCAACAGCUGCUACUGCUGCUACAGCUGAUCACUCUACCAGCCGCCGUACAUACACUCCAUCGCGGGAGGGUCGUAGCCUAUCAGAAGCGGCAAAGGACGAGCGGCCCAUGGGGCACGAGGAUGACGUGGACGAUGAGGAUAAGAUCAGUGACGUGGCGGAAAGGGGUGACGUGGCGGGAACCAGAGAAGUGACGGAUUUCCUGUCGGCGCAUCUGAUGGCGGGCGCGCAUUGCCACGAGGCGAUGAGAACGGCCAAGGGAAGCUGGAAGGUGCCGACGCUGCAUGGUGGUAACCAUGUGACACGCACCACGCCUCCCAACGAUCAAAGCCCUCUGCAACUGGUCGAUUCGAGUGGAGUGUAG